CAGACGAAAAUACAGGCAGGACACUCAAGAUGUUGCGCCGUCAAGCCCGCGAACGACGAGAUUAUCUCUAUCGGAGAGCUCUUACCCUCCGCGAUGCCUCUAUCGCUGAAAAGCGAGCCCAGCUGAAGGCAUCGCUGGCCUCCGGCAAACCCCUCGAUCCGUCUAUCGCAGAGGACAAAGCCCUGCGCGAGGAUUUCAAGUACGAUGAAUCGUUACCCAACGGAGGCAAAGACGACGAUAAGGUGGAUUUGGACGACGAAUAUGCGCUCACCUCCGGAAUCGCCGAUCCUCGUCCUAUCGUCACCACUUCUCGCAGCCCCUCCGUCCGCCUCAACACAUUUGCCAAAGAAAUCCGUCUGCUUAUUCCCACUGCGAUUCGCCUGAACCGUGGUAACCUCGUCCUCCCCGAUCUCGUUUCGAGCGCAAACUCCGCGGCGCUCUCCGAUAUGAUUCUCCUGCACGAACACCGUGGUACGCCUACUGCCAUGACCGUCUCCCAUUUGCCUCAUGGCCCCACGGCUAGCUUCUCCCUCCACAACGUUGUCCUCCGUGCCGAUAUCCCAGACGCCGCUCGCGGAACCGUCUCCGAGAGUUAUCCUCACCUCAUCUUUGAAGGAUUCACGACCAAGUUGGGUCUUCGUGUGGUCCAGAUUCUGAAGCACCUUUUCCCUCCCCGCGAGGCUGGCAAGGUCGGCAAUCGAGUGGUCAGUUUUGUGAACAAGGAAGACAGCAUUGAAGUCCGGCACCACGUUUUCGUCAAGACCGGGUAUCGGGACGUUGAGCUGGCGGAAGUUGGCCCUCGGAUGACUAUGCGAUUGUUUGAGAUUCGUGGAGGCACAUUAGAGAAGGGCUCCAGUGGUGAUGUCGAAUGGGCGCUCACUCAAUACACAAGAACGAGCAAGAAGAAGGAUUAUCUGUGACCAAGCAUCGGUCAGCUGGCGGCUCCGUGGGAAAGCAGGAGUCUUUCAGAAAAAGUUUGAACUGGCGCAAAAGGUGUUAGAAGGAGCUCCAUGGUCAUAUGUUUGCACCGUUGGCAUUUAAGGUCGCUAUUUGUAUACCCAUCUGAAGGAAUAUAAAUCAUCUUCAUCCUAAUG